UUGGGGGUCUUCCCAUUUGCCUCCCAUUUGUUGUCUGGGUCUGAAUCCACCCAGGGUCCAGGAUGACAAUCCGACACCAAGGCCAGCAGUACAGGCCGAGGAUGGCCUUUCUCCAAAAGAUUGAAGCCCUAGUGAAGGACAUGCAGAAUCCAGAGACGGGGGUCAGAAUGCAGAACCAGAGAGUUCUGGUCACCAGUGUCCCUCACGCCAUGACAGGAAAUGACGUUCUACAGUGGAUUAUCCAUCGGCUGUGGAUCUCCAAUCUGGAGGCCCAGAACUUGGGCAACUUUAUUGUCAAGUAUGGCUACAUUUACCCGCUGCAAGACCCAAAGAAUCUUAUUCUCAAGCCAGACAGCAGCCUCUACCGAUUUCAGACCCCCUAUUUCUGGCCCACCCAGCAGUGGCCAGCUGAAGACACAGACUAUGCCAUCUAUCUAGCCAAGCGAAAUAUCAAGAAGAAGGGGAUUUUAGAAGAAUACGAAAAGGAAAAUUACAAUUUCUUGAACAAAAAGAUGAACUACAAGUGGGAUUUUGUCAUCAUGCAAGCUAAGGAGCAGUACAGGACUGGAAAGGAAAGGAACAAAGCAGACAGAUACGCCCUGGAUUGCCAGGAGAAGGCGUAUUGGCUGGUCCAUCGAUGCCCUCCAGGAGUGAACAACGUGUUGGACUAUGGCCUGGAUCGAGUAACCAAUCCAAAUGAAGUGAAGAAACAAACAAUCCCUGCUGUCAAAAAAGAGAUCAUGUAUUACCAGCAGGCCUUGAUGAGGUCCACAGUGAAGUCUUCGGUGUCCCUUGGAGGGAUUGUCAAGUACAGUGAGCAGUUCUCUUCCAACGACGCCAUCAUGUCCGGUUGCCUGCCCAGCAAUCCUUGGAUAACAGAUAACACCCAGUUCUGGGACUUAAAUGCCAAAUUGGUAGAAAUCCCAACCAGGAUGCGGGUGGAACGGUGGGCCUUCAACUUCAGCGAGUUGAUCCGAGACCCGAAGGGCCGGCAGAGCUUCCAGUCCUUUCUCAAGAAAGAAUUCAGUGGGGAGAAUCUGGGAUUCUGGGAGGCUUGUGAGGACCUGAAGUACGGAGAUCAGUCCAAGGUCAAGGAGAAGGCAGAGGAGAUCUACAAGCUAUUCCUGGCCCCAGGGGCGAGGCGAUGGAUAAACAUAGAUGGCAAGACCAUGGACAUCACAGUCAAGGGACUGAGGCAUCCCCAUCGCUACGUCCUGGAUGCUGCACAAACCCACAUCUAUAUACUCAUGAAGAAGGAUUCUUAUGCUCGCUACUUAAAAUCUCCAAUCUACAAGGAAAUGCUGGCCAAGGCCAUUGAGCCUCAGGAAACUGCGAAAAGAAGCUCCAACCUCCCGUUCAUGCGGCGCCACCUCCGUUCCAGCCCAAGUCCCGUUGUCCUGAGACAACUGGAAGAAGAAGCCAAGGCACGAGAAGCAGCCAACACCGUGGACAUCACUCAGCAGCCCCAGCACACGGCUCCCAGCCCCCACCUGGCUGUGUACACCGGGACCUGUGUGCCGCCCUCGCCUUCCAGCCCCUUCCCGCCAUCCUGCCGAUCCCCGAGGAGACCCUUCCCCUCGCCUGGCCGCUUCAGACGGCUCAGCACCAGCAUCUGCCCUUCGCCCAUCAGAGUGGCCUUGGGCGGUUCCCCGGGGCUGACGCAGGAGGGCGAGGCCGGUGGGUCCAGCACCCACCGUGGGCUCUCCGUCGCCGAGGGCAGCGAGGUUUCCGUAGACUUGGAGCUGAGCUCUGGCUGUCCCCGACCCCACGCCCAGCCGAGGGCACCGGCCAAGGCCCGCGGAGCUCUGUCCUUUAGCAGAUUUCUGAGGCGUGGCUGUUUGACCUCUCCCGUGUUUGCCAGGCUCUCACCCAAGUGCCCCUCUGUGCCCCACGGCAAGGUGCAGCCCCUGGGAGAUGGAGGCCCGCAGCUGCCCCGCCUGAGACCCAAGAAGGUGGCCAACUUUUUCCAGAUCAAAAUGGACGUGCCUACAGGGAGCGGGACCUGUCUGAUGGACUCGGAGGAGGACGGCGGGGCAGGCGCAGCGGGUGACCGGGAGGUCAUCUGUCCCUGGGAGAGCCUGGCUGAGGGGAAAGCAGGGUGA